CCAACGAAACAUGGACGGUUAUCAAUAGCAUCAGUGGCAAGAGCAAAUUAUCAUUUUUACCUGUCACAUUUUUUUUCUAAUUGUCAACAACACCAGGAAUUUUCAAUUCAACCCCAUAAUUCAAAGAUUGGGUGCUCAUUUAAGACUGACAUCAUGAGAAUUUAACGAGUGCUGAGUGAAGGGGUGUGAAGAAACAUUUCAGGCAGUUGCUUUUUUUCGUCAAAACCGUCGGUUGUCUCUUAUUCUGACGCACCAACAGUUUCGAGUGUGCGUUUCAUUUAUUUAUUUUUCUUUUUUUUUGGAGAAGAGAAAGGGAGAAAUUUUGUGAAAUGGGUUCAAUAGUUCUGAGAUCUUUGUCUGUACUUCUUGGAAUAUUUUUUGUAUUCGUGGGAACAAUCAAGGUUACUUCGUACCUCAGCAAGGACCUCCACAAGGAUUUGCGAAAAGAAUAUGUUAAGUAUGCCAAGGUGUUUCCACUCUCGGAGUUACUCAACUUCAAAGUACCCAGCAAAUGGUACAGACGAGUUGUUGGAUCAUUGGAGAUUAUUUGCGGAUUGGCAAUGGCCACUAUUCCAAAUCGAAAAGUGAAGAAUACAUCGAAUGCCGUUUUACUGUUUCUCAUGCUGAUGGCUUUCUAUUCGCAUUAUAGACUCAAUGAUAAGCUGGAGAGAACGGCUCCUGCAUUAGUGUUUCUUUUCAUGCUGACUGGGAGACUAGUGAUCGACAUGCAGCUGAGUCGCCAGGCAAAUCAGGCAGUAACAGCAAAUGGCGUUGACGACAAAGUGAAAAAGCAAGACUGAAAGAAAGGACAUUAAAUAAAAUCGUUCCGAUCCCAAUGAUUUUUCGAAAUGUACAUGAUCCAACGAGCAAAUGUCCCAAAUGUUUUCGUUCACCAGGCUCACUCGUAUUGCUCACUGAAUGGAUAGAUAUCCUCUGAAUUUGAUAUCUAUUUAUUCGAGAAUAUUCUCAUUACUACGAUUAAUUUUUAUCUACAGUAACCCAAGUAAUAAUCAGCUUCGAGCGGCACAAUUAACUAACUGCCAUUCAUAAUCGGUAUUUCUAGGGAUGUAUAUAAACAAUAGAAUUUAAAAAAUCAUUGAAAUGCAUCAAUUGCACACUCAUCCUGUAAACCACGAGGGAUUGAUUUUAUAUGGUAAUGAUAAUGAUAGUGUAAUCGUAAUCACAAAAGUGGAGAUACUCAAGACGAGGGGAUCUCGUGAGAGGUCUGGCUGAGAUAGAUUCCAUUUGUGGUAGAUUCUUUUGCGUGCAGGGACCUACAUUAAUAAGAAUAUAAGAAAGAAAAUAUGUGAGCUAUUAUGAAUAAAUACCUAUAAGUACGAUUCACCAUAGGAGUGUUCAUUUUGAUUGAGACAAUUUAUCAGUAGAAUCACGUGAAAUAUAUUAUUUAUUUUAGAUGUGUAAAUAAUGGAGAAUUUCAAGUAACUCAGAGACAGAAAUGUUCGUGAAUUACUCUCAGAGUUUAUUGUAUUGUCCCUAUGAAUUUAACUCAAUUGGAUUUAUUCAGGUUGUGAAUUACUAAUAAUUGAGUUAUUCUCAUUGGAAAAAAAAUGAAAAAACACGACAGCUUAAUAAUAAUUUGAUCUUUAAUUGUGAUACCACAGGUCUCGUUAAUUCAUUUCACCUUUCACGUAGAUUGAUCCAUUCCUUUAAUUAUUACUCGUUAAAUAUCAGAGGCACGGAAUAACACUUUUAUAUUUAUUCGUUGCGUUAUCAAUUGAUUUAUAUUAUUCUCAAUUUUCAUGCGUAUAAUUUCAUUAUGUACAAGCACUUUAACAUUGAGAAGACGUCUCUGCGUCAUAAAAAAAUAUGCAUAAACAAUUAUUAGGGCAUUUUUUAACAGUUUUAUUCGUGAAAGCGAACUUCGUAAUGAUUUUUUCAUUUUAUAUUUUCUGUCAUUAGAAAUUAGUGAACUAUAUUUUUGCAAUAUAAACGCUCAAGUGAA